CGCCUGAGCGAAAGAAUUCCCCCCUCUUUGGGGCGGGAGUCUAUCCAGAUCGCGGAUCGCGCCGCGCCAGCCGGCUAGUUUGCCGGCACCUGCGUCCCAGCCGUGCCUGCGACCAUGGCCACCGACUCGUGGGCCCUGGCGGUGGACGAGCAGGAAGCGGCAGCCGAGUCGUUCAGCAACUUGCAUCUUAAGGAAGAGAAAAUCAAACCAGAUGCCAAUGGUGCUGUGGUCAAGACCAAUGCUAAUGCAGAGAAGUCAGAUGAAGAAGAGAAAGAGGACAGAGCCGCCCAGUCCUUACUCAACAAGCUGAUCAGAAGCAACCUUGUUGAUAACACCAACCAAGUGGAAGUCCUGCAGCGGGAUCCAAACUCCCCGCUCUACUCAGUGAAGUCCUUCGAGGAGCUUCGGCUGAAACCACAGCUUCUCCAGGGAGUCUACGCCAUGGGCUUCAACCGUCCAUCGAAGAUACAGGAGAAUGCAUUGCCUUUAAUGCUUGCUGAGCCCCCACAGAACUUAAUAGCCCAGUCUCAGUCUGGUACUGGUAAAACAGCUGCCUUUGUGUUGGCCAUGCUCAGCCAAGUAGAACCUGCAAACAGAUACCCCCAGUGUCUGUGCCUCUCCCCAACUUACGAGCUCGCUCUUCAAACGGGAAAAGUGAUUGAGCAGAUGGGCAAAUUUUACCCUGAACUGAAGCUAGCUUAUGCUGUUCGUGGCAAUAAAUUGGAAAGAGGUCAGAAGAUCAGUGAGCACAUUGUCAUUGGCACCCCUGGGACCGUUCUGGACUGGUGCUCCAAGCUCAAGUUCAUUGACCCCAAGAAGAUCAAGGUGUUUGUUCUGGAUGAGGCUGACGUGAUGAUAGCUACUCAGGGCCACCAAGAUCAGAGCAUCCGCAUCCAGAGGAUGCUUCCCAGGAACUGCCAGAUGCUGCUUUUCUCUGCCACCUUCGAAGACUCUGUCUGGAAAUUUGCCCAGAAAGUGGUUCCAGACCCAAACAUCAUCAAACUGAAGCGCGAGGAGGAGACACUGGACACCAUCAAGCAGUAUUACGUCCUGUGCAAUAGCAGAGAUGAGAAGUUCCAGGCCCUGUGUAAUAUCUACGGGGCCAUCACCAUUGCUCAAGCCAUGAUCUUCUGUCAUACCCGCAAAACAGCUAGUUGGCUGGCAGCAGAGCUCUCAAAAGAAGGCCACCAGGUGGCUCUGCUGAGUGGUGAAAUGGUGGUGGAGCAGAGGGCUGCAGUGAUUGAGCGCUUCCGAGAGGGCAAAGAGAAGGUUCUGGUCACCACCAACGUGUGUGCCCGCGGUAUCGAUGUGGAACAGGUGUCUGUCGUCAUCAACUUUGACCUUCCCGUGGACAAGGAUGGGAACCCGGACAACGAGACCUACCUGCACCGGAUCGGGCGCACUGGCCGCUUUGGCAAGAGGGGCCUGGCCGUGAACAUGGUGGACAGCAAGCACAGCAUGAACAUCCUGAACAGAAUCCAGGAGCAUUUCAAUAAGAAAAUAGAAAGACUGGACACAGAUGACUUGGACGAGAUUGAGAAAAUAGCCAACUGAGAAGCUCCUGCAGUCACUGGUGCCACCCUUGGUGCUCUCCCUGCACGGGACACUAGUGCUUUCAUGGCACAGGCCUCAACAGUCAACACAAAGAUGAAGGCACGAGUAGAGAGAAACUACCUACCUCAUUUUAAAUUACGUUUGGACUUGACAAAAAUUGUACAAGUGAUGGGGGAAGGUAGAAAAAAAUUGUUUACACAACUUUUGAAGAUUACGCAUGAAUACAUAGAAAUUUACCUUUUGGAAA